AUGACCGUUGCCGAGUCGGUUAAGAGUGCUGUUGGGUUGGUGGAUACUCCCGAAUGUCCUUUUAGGGCACUGGGAACUGCGCUCGAUUGGUCCGAGGCGAAGAAACAGGCGGAUCAGGUACGCAGGUGGGGUAUCGAGCAAUUGCUUGCCAAUUGGCGCCGAGCGAAAGGAAAAGAACGGGAUGCCCUCCUCUGGGGCGAUGAGGUUGAGUAUCUCGUUGUAGCCGUCGAUGAUGAGGCGAAAAAGGCCCGACUAUCUCUCGCUCAAGCUGAGAUCCUUAAGUCUCUGGCUGAAGACGAAGCCAAUUGGAAAUCGGGAGGCUCUAGCAGCAUACAGAACAAGGAGCAUGAUGGAGAGGACCCCCCUCACUUUCACCCGGAGUUUGGGCGCUUCAUGCUGGAGGCUACUCCAGGACGGCCCUGGGGAAUUGACUUCAAGGAUCUAUUGAAGGUAGAGUCCAACAUGAAAUGGAGGCGCGAGGUGGCGAAGACUCACAUGGCUGCCAAUGAGUAUCCUAUCACUCUUACGACGUUCCCCCGUUUGGGUACGAAGGAUGAUUACAUUCAACCCUACUACCCCCCAUCAGGGGCUGCACUCCGGUCUCAAUUUGUUCCGGAUGAGAUCGCGAAUCCGCACAUCAGGUUUCCGACGCUGGCUGCUAACAUACGGUCGAGGCGGGGACGGAAGGUCGAGCUGAACGUACCAGUCUUCAAGGACACAAACACCCCCGUCCCUUUCAAUGACCCAACGGUGGAUUAUGAUCUCCAUAACUGGCCUGAAGAUGAUGAUGUCAGGAACGGAGCAGCUAAGGAAGGGCAUGUGUAUAUGGACGCCAUGGCUUUUGGCAUGGGCAGUUGCUGUCUUCAGAUUACCUUCCAGGCAAAGAAUAUGACAGAAGGGAGAAAGUUAUAUGACCAACUGAGUCCGCUGGGGCCCAUCCUUCUUGCACUCACAGCCGCAACCCCUAUUUAUAAGGGCUUCCUCGUCGACACUGACGUUCGGUGGAAUCAAAUUGGAAACGCUGUAGAUGACAGGACACGCGAAGAACUUGGUGAAGCUCCCCUAAAGAACGAUAGGUGGAGGAUACCUAAGUCCAGAUACGCCUCAAAUUCGACUUACCUUUCACAGGAUCCUAGACUACGCAAGGAAUACCUAGAUCCUGAUUUGAUUGUAGACGAAGACAUCAAGAAGCGCUUGAUUGAAGGCGGCAUGGACGAGCUUUUGGCCACGCAUUUCGCGCAUCUCUUCAUACGGGACCCAUUGGUCAUUUUCUCAGAGGACCUUGAAGAGCUUGAUCUAAAUAAGGCAGACCACUUCGAGAACCUGCAAUCGACAAAUUGGCAACACAUGCGCUUCAAACCUCCACCACCAGAAAAGGACGAUAUCGGUUGGCGAGUCGAAUUUCGCUCAAUGGAAAUUCAAAUGACCGAUUUCGAGAAUGCUGCAUUUAGUAUCUUUAUCGUGCUUGUCACUCGCGCGAUCCUGAGUUUCGAUCUGAAUUUCUACAUUCCUAUCCAACGAACGACUGAGAACAUGGAAACGGCGCAUGCGCGAAAUGCAGUUCUGGACCGAAAGUUCUACUUCCGCAAGGACCCCUUCUCUCCCCGUGCCCGCAGAUCACAUCUUCAGUCUUCUAGUAACAGUGAAGUGUCAUCGACCACGUCUUCCGCUGUUAACACGCCACCCCCAUCACCUCCACUUAGCCCAGUAGAGUCGGAAUUCGAGCUCAUGACAAUUGCGGACAUCGUCAACGGCUCUGCUAACGGGUUGUUCCCUGGACUGAUUCCCCUUGUUGAGUCGUACUUAAACAGUGUUAAUGUAGACGUUGAAACGCGCUGCUUCCUGGCAACUUAUUUGGAUUUGAUUCGCAAACGGGCGAACGGAACUCUCUGGACUGGAGCUCGAUGGAUCCGAGAAUUCGUUGCUUCGCAUCCUGCAUAUAAGCAUGAUAGCGUAGUCUCUGAAGAGAUAUGCUAUGACCUCGUGAAGGCGGUUGAGGAAAUGUCCGUGAAGGAAGGGAAAGGCGGGAGCGUUGGAUGGGAGCUUCUCAGGGGCAAGAAGUAA